AUGUGCGUGAUUCAAUCUUUAUGGUACUUUCAUUGUUAUACGCAUGGUGCCCAACCUACAGUCCACACAGAUCAUACAGCAAUGAAUGCUAUCUUAUCGUCUCAAGCUCCAAAAGAGCGAAUGUACGAUGGAUUAUGGCGACAAAGCAUUACAACUAUACUUGCACUGCACGAAAAAGUGAAUAUCACCAUGUUUGAAUCACAUAAUCGUAUAGGAAGUCCAGAGAACGACGCCUUACUUGGUCUACAAAUUUUUUUUGGAAUAUAAUUUUACUUCGCUAUUGUUGCGAACGGGAGGGUGAAAAAACAACUUGUUUUUGCAGGACAUUAAAACAUACUCUUAUUUGUAUUUAUUAUAAAAUUUGCACUUAUCGCUAAUUAUUGAUUUCAACCUUAUCUGCAGGGUCUGUACGUUGUGUUGUAUGUAAAAGC